UUGUGACUAUGGAGACAAGUAGUGACUUGAUAGCCUACCCUGAGAGGCUCAGUUUGUUGAAGCUGAUUCUGAGUGUAAUAUUGCCUUAUGGAGAGCCAGUCAUACGUCCACAGCUGGACCAGUACUGGAAAAUAAAGCUCUCGCUUAUAUUGAUGAAAAUUGUGGAGUAUGUUGCAGGACCCUUGAAAGCAUUGGGUAUCUUGGUUGAAUUUCUUCUGAACCUGUUUUCUCAGAAUGGGGGAUUGUUAAGAACCCUGUUCAGUUUAUUAAACGGAAGCAUGAUCAUACCCAAGAGAGGAUCAGAAGAAUUUUUAAGUGUGAUUGGCCAUUUAGAGCGGCGCAGAGAUCUGUAUAAGAGCAUCUCUGAAGAUGAUCUCUCCGUCAUGGAUGGUGGGGAUCGAGUGUUUGCAGAUAUCUCAGCCAUGGCUUCAACUUUAGCUUAUGAAAACAAGUUGGUUAUCAGGAAAACAGUCAACCAGCACUGGAAGAUGCAUUUUGUGGAGUUCUUCGACUUUUGGGACGGUAUGGAAUCUUUCUGGACAAACCAAGUGUAA